GCUCUCCGUCUGCUAAGAGAGAGAGGGAGAGGAGAGGGAAAGAGAGAGAGAGAGAUUACUUGUUUGGGCCCAAGGCUGAUUUCAUAUGAGGUAACAAUUUGAGAGCCUCGCGGCUUAUUGCAUCCAAGACUGAUAUACACCCGCGUGGCAUUACGUCACAGUAACUUUAAAUAGAUCAGGUAGUGGGCGAUCAACCACUCGUCCAACGUAACACCAGGGUAUUCCAUCCUUCGCUUUCACACGCCGCACGCAAUGUCUCUGCCGGCUAGACUGCUUGUCACCGUCAGGCGCCGCGCACCUCUCGGCGGUGCCGCCCGGUACGUGUCGACCUGUGGCGCCGGCGACAGCGGUGAUGCCAUCAAGAAGUCAGUAUUUAUAUCGCAAUCCACGAAUGUGUUCGUCAACUUGGCGCUGGAGAACUGGCUGUACCGCAACUUCGACUUCUCCAAGCAUCACGUGCUGCUGUUCUGGCGGAACGAGCCCUGCGUCGUCUUCGGCCGCCACCAGAAUCCCUGGCUCGAGUGCAACGUCCAGGCGGCCGAAAAGGCGGGCAUCACGCUGGCGCGCCGUAACAGCGGCGGCGGUACCGUUUACCACGACAACGGCAAUCUCAACCUGACGUUCUUCACCCCGCGCGAAAAGUACAACCGGAGGUACAAUCUGAACAUUAUCACCAACGCCUUGUUUCGCCAGUGGGGUCUGAAGAGCGUCAUCAACGAGCGCGAAGAUAUUCUAGUCAAUGGAGACUGCAAGAUAUCUGGAACAGCUGCAAAGCUGGGGAGACCGAAUGCCUAUCAUCACUGCACGCUCUUGGUCAACGUGGACAAAGCCAAUCUGAGCUCGAUUCUUGAAAGAAAAGAGAAUGGUAUCGUGACUAAUGCGACGGCUUCUGUGCGUUCUCCAAUAAAGAACUUGCUCGAUAUAAACCGGAGUAUCCAAAUGGAUAAGCUCUUAUCCGCUAUUGGCUGGGAAUAUCUGCGUACGAAAGCUCUCGUUCUCGAAGACGGAAGAUAUGAUCUGGUUGAACAACAAAAGGGAUUCAAGUUCAUCAACCCAACUGAGGAUUGGUUCCCUGGAAUUGAUGACUUCGCCAGUGAGUUCCGUUCUUGGGAGUGGAAUUUCGGCAAAACGCCGAAGUUCACAGUUACCCGCACGCUCGACUUUCCCGCUCACGACGGUAAAAUAUAUCGUUUGAAUUUGAGCUUGGAAGUGCAGAACGGCAUCGUGGAGGAGAUCAGAAUGAGUUUGCCCGCCGGAUUAGUAUCGACCGACUUUAGCCAAGAUGCAAGCGUGAUUAGUAAUAUUCGCGGCACGAGAUACGAUCAUGAAGUGACAGAAAACAUAAUCGCCGCGAUUGGCGGUAAGACGGUCACUUUAAGCACGACUCAAAGCGUAGAUGAAAACAAUAUGAGGCUUGACGAGGCUACGCUACAAUGACCCGAAGUCUCGAGCAAUCGCAAUUCUGCUCCUAGCGUUAUUGUGUUCAGACGAAAAUAAUUACUGUUAAAAUUAUAUACGUUGUAUUAUACAUGUACAUAUAUAGCAUAUUACGUGCCUACAAUAUUUUAUACAUACGCCCGGUAUAACAUGCAAUGCAAAAAGUUGUUAUAAAAUAUUAAUCGCUAUCAUUGCAACAUUUGAAACGCUGACUAGGAAUUGUAAUAAAAUGCACAUUUUAUCGCAUAAUUUUUGCCAUCAUUGAUAUCGAGAAAAUAUGUAUCAUAUUUUAGUUUUUUAUUGUUAUUGAAUUAAUUAUUAUAUGAAUAAAAGAAAAUGGGUUUUUUAAUUGGGGUUCGUUUAUUAAUCUGUCGAUUUAUGUAUGUAAUAUAUAAAGCUAUCGGGAGUAUUUCUUUUUGUCAUUGAAAAGAAUUUUCAUCUGCAAUAUAUAUGUUGCGAGGUGAAUGUGCAUGUUAAACAAGAUUUUACAAUGAAAUAAGUUUCGAAUGUUUUGAUAUUUGUACGUGUGUUAAGAAAUUGCGUUUGAAAGAUAACACCAUCUAUUAGAGGACAUCAGAGCAUAUCUUGUUUUUCGAUCGUUAGUGUUUUAUUUUUUAAAUAUAUUAAAUAAAAUACUUAUAA